CUGACGAGCCAAUCGCUCGUGUAUUCUAAUAUUCACGUGUGCUGAGAGAGAGAGGCCCAGUGGAUUUAAAGCACUGUGUUCUCUUUCGAGCUCUGUGUCUUGUCCCCAAGAUGGGCAGAGCGUUCGUGUACGUCAUCCUCGGGGGUGGCGUUGCAGCUGGGUAUGCUGCUCUCGAGUUCACCAGGAAGGGGAUCAACCCCGGCGACCUAUGCAUAAUCUCCGAGGAAACUGUCGCGCCAUAUGAGAGACCUGCAUUGAGCAAAGGAUUUUUGCUGCCCAAAGACCCUGCUCGUCUUCCCUCAUUUCAUACGUGUGUUGGUUCUAAUGAUGAAAGACUGACACCCAAAUGGUACAAAGAUCAUGGAAUUGAACUGGUUCUUGGAACCCGAGUGAAGUCUGCUGAUUUAAGGCGCCAAACAUUGUUGACAGCAGCUGGAGAAACUAUUAGUUAUAAGACACUUAUCAUUGCAACUGGUGCACGGGCCCUGAAGCUUGAAGAGUUUGGUGUUAUGGGUUCUGAUGCCCAAAAUGUAUGCUACUUACGUGAUUUAGAGGAUGCGACUAGGAUGGUUGAUGUAAUGCAAUCUUCCACUGGUGGGAGUGCAGUCGUGAUUGGAGGUGGCUAUAUUGGCAUGGAGUGUGCUGCUGCAUUAGUGACCAAUAACAUAGCUGUAACCAUGGUCUUCCCUGAAGAACAUUGCAUGGCAAGGUUGUUUACACCUGAGAUUGCUGCAUUCUACGAGGAGUAUUACAAAUCAAAAGGAGUGAAGUUCAUCAAAGGCACAGUUUUAUCCUCAUUUGAAAGAGAUCCAGAUCAGAAGGUUACAUCUGUGAUGCUGAAAGAUGGAACCAAGCUGAAAGCAGAUAUGGUUGUGGUGGGAAUAGGUAUCCGUGCAAACACUAGUUUGUUCGAGGACCAGCUGGUUAUGGAUAAAGGUGGGAUCAAGGUCAAUGGGCAGAUGCAAACUAGCAAUAGCUCAGUCUAUGCUGUUGGCGAUGUUGCCUCUUUUCCUUUGAAACUUUUUGGUGAGAUACGUAGGCUGGAACAUGUGGACUCCGCUCGACAAUCUGCAAAGCAUGCUGUGAAUGCAAUCCUGAGGCCUGACGAGACCAGUGAUUUUGAUUAUCUGCCUUUUUUCUAUUCGAGAGUGUUUACUUUGUCAUGGCAGUUUUAUGGGGACAACAGAGGGGAGGUAGUCCACUUUGGAAAUUUCAAAACAGGCCAUUUUGGUGCGUAUUGGGUGAACAAGGGUCGGCUUGUUGGAGCAUUUCUUGAGGGUGGCACCAAAGAAGAAUACCAGGCCAUUGCAAGGGCCACGAGAAUGCAGCCACUGAUCAAGGACACUGGUGAAUUGGCAAAGCAAGGUCUAAAUUUUGCUACAUUACAUGGCCAGCAGCCUCCAGCUUCUACCGCCACCACUGGUGGAGGUCUGGUUCUAGAGAAACCAGUCUAUGCAUUUCAUGCGACAGCUGGUGUGUUAGUGGCUGUUUCAAUCGCUGUGGUUGCUUAUUGGUACGGGAGGCAUCGCAAGAGGUGGUAGUUCUACUGCAGAAAAUUACUUUAUGUUUCUUUCUCGGGCAUGAUUUUCCCGUGUUCAUAUAGCAUUAUCUGAAAGGGGCCGUCAUUAAUACCUGGAUAUAACCAUACGAAAAUAUUUCACCAUUCCUUUAUGUGGAGUGUGAUGUUCUCUGUAACAUUCAAGUAAUUGAUAACAUCAUUGAUAGGAAAAGCAUUCUUUUUA